AUGUUCAAGCAUAGAGACAACGUGGCUCAUGAACCCUUCAGCAUAGACCCACAGGGAAGUGGAGCAAUCAUGCGGGCAGUCAGCUUUGGUCAAGAGCAGAGGCAGCAGGCUGGUGACAUAGACAAUGUUCCGGUAGCGGCGGCGAAAAAGCGUCCGCGUGACAUUCGCGGAAUUGAGCGGUUCAGACAAGUCAUUUAUGGUGAGAAGGGUCUGCCUCGUUUCCACGCAAUGAUAGCACGCAACCCGAUUCUUAUGUAUCCACCAGAAGGAAUAGGUGCGGCGCGACAGCGAAUGCAAAAGAAAUGUGAAGAGGCAACUGAUGUCGUGCCAGACAAGGGUCACCAAAAAAAAAGAAUGGCCAUGAGUCCUACCCUUUAG